AUGACGCACAAGAAGCACGAGCCUCAGUCCAAUGCCGCAUACCUGGUUUGCAUUCACGACAAAAUGAAGGAAGCUGGACACUGCCUGCGUUGCAAUAAGAUGGGUCUCGGAAAGACAAUGGUUUUCGCUGCGUACAUUAAAUACAGAGCACGAGAGCUUGAGAAGGAUAACGACCACCGAAACCCAAAGUCCACUUUCUUCCUGUUAUUAAUAAUUAACCCCGUAAACACCAUCCAUCAAAUCCACAAGGAGCUCAAGAUCAACUUUCCCACGCUUAAUAUGUUGUUAUAUUAUGCUGGGACCACACAGUCAAAGAAGUAUAAUAGUGCAACUAUUAUUGCGAAGUCAAAGUUCGUCCAGAAGCUUGCUGCGCUUUCUCCUACUGACCCAGAGAGUGCGCGCACCGUUGUUGUCACAACGUAUUCUACCUUGCAUGCAAAAGAGAUUACGAAGUCCGAGAGAAAACUCGUUAUCCAAGAGCGACGAGGGGAAGGAAACGCCCCCAAGGGUGACGACAGAAAUAGCGUUCCGAGAGGAGAGGGUGACAAGGUAGAGUUCGACAAUGCGGAGUCUGGAUGA